AUGGCCCCUGUGCAAGCUCUGGACCGCUUCUAUCUGGCAUUUACCCUCUUGGUGACCGUGGGCUACCAGCUAUUAGGUUUCACGAUUGCAUGGACGUUGCAGUUUGACAAGAUCACGGAUUUCACUGGAGGCUCGAAUUUCUUCCUAUUAGCUCUCCUCACGCUCCUCUGUGGGAAUACAUUUCAUGCCAGGAACGUCGUUGCAAGCGUGCUAGUCAUGGUUUGGGCUGUUCGGAUUGCGGGGUUCCUACUCUUUCGCGUGUUGAAGACGGGGAGCGAUACAAGGUUCGAUGAUAUACGGUCUCAUUUCUUCAAAUUCUUAGGAUUUUGGAUUGGUCAAAUACUUUGGAUUUGGACGGUGUCUCUUCCACUUACAAUUCUGAACUCACCGGCUGUCUCUGACCUUCAAAUUGGCGGGUCCAACCCUGCUUUUGGAACCUCUCGAGAUAUAGCUGGUAUCAUCCUUUGGACGCUGGGGUUUGCCAUCGAAUCAAUAGCGGAUGCACAGAAGUACUACUACAAGGCCAACAAGUUGAUCCCGAAAGGGCGACCAACGAAUAGAGGCCUUUGGGCGUGGUCUCGCCAUCCACCAUACUUCGGGGAGAUAAUGUGUUGGUGGGGCAUAUGGAUUUUGUGUCUGUCGUCUACGACGAAUGGUGAUCUUCCUGCAUCAUCUCGGUCUGCACAGUACGGCGCGAUAGUAUCGCCCAUCUUUACGCUCGUACUGCUGAUGUUUGGAUCGGGGAUCCCCACCGCAGAAAAGCCGACGUCCAAGAAGUUUUUCCUCAUGUCGGAGGGUUCGCAAGGCAACAACGAGCAUUCAGAUGUUUGGACGCAGUACAAGGCCUAUCUCAGCAAUACCUCGAUCUUAAUUCCUAUCCCGCCUUUGUUGUAUCGGCCCCUCCCUUCACUUGUCAAGAAAACUCUUCUUCUGGACUUUCCGAUGUACCAAUUUGAUGAGGCAACAGAUGGAGCAGCAGCAUUGCGAGAGACGGAGAGAUGA